UUCAUCGAAGGACGUGUGCACAAAUGGAUGAUGCUGAGGAGCCCGACGCAGCAUCCACUUGACCCUCUGUGUUGAAUUGUUUGUGUAUUCGUGUUGCCUUUUAAGUACAUUUCCCUGCAAAAGCAACCGUGCGGCUGUAACAAUGUCGAUGUCAACAUUUCAAAAGGUUACGCUCGUGUCUUGUCUCGUGCUCUGCGUUGCUCUUCUGCUUCCGAAAAUGCUGCUCGGCGGAGGGAAGGGUGCACAGACCGAGGGUUCAGGACGGUUUCCUCCCAUGGUGCACCGGCAGAUGGCUCCGGACAGUCAGGGCCAGAGGGCUGCUGGGUCCACCAGGGCACACAACACCGAGGCUAUCGCCAGGGCUAAGGGGGGUGGGGGCACAGGGGUAGGGACCGGGGGCAAGUCCAACCUGGCAGGGCAGAUCAUCCCCAUCUACGGCUUUGCGAUCCUUCUUUACAUCCUCUACAUCCUGUUUAAGAUAACCUCAAAGGGGAAGUGCGCUGUACCUUCUGAACCCAGAUUUCCCUCAGUGAGAGCAGAGAACCGGAAGAGAAAGAUCACGGACUUUGAGCUGACUCAGCUGCAGGAUAAGCUGAGGGAGACAGAGAUGGUGAUGGAGAGGAUUGUGUCCAAAGCCAGCUACAGUCCUGAAAGGGUGACAGGGGUGAGUGCCGACCAGGAGGAGAGACUGCUUCUCCAGCUGAGAGAGAUCACGCGGGUGAUGCAGGAGGGCCGCCUGGUGGAGGGGGUUGCCCCCGCAGAUAUGGGGGCACAACACUGGGAAGGUUUCCCAGAGGAUCCCCAUCCAUGCUGGGAAGAGCCCUUCUGUGGAUACGACCAUACCCAGGCGACCAGCACCGAAGAGCAGCCAGAGAGGACCGACGAGUAUGGGGCUGACCAGGAGGGUGGGGCUUACCAGGAGAAGGGUGGGGCUUAUCAGAAGGAGAGUGGGGCUUACCAGAAGGAGGGUGGGGACUACCAGGAGGCAGGUAGGGCUGACCAGGAUAAGGGUGGGUCUGACCAGGAAGAGGGUGUGGCAAGCGAGGAGAGUGGGGUUGACCAGGAAGAGGGCAGGGCUGACCAGAAAGACAUUGGGCUUAACCAGGAAGAGAGCGUAGUUGACCAGGUGGUGGUUGGGGUUGACCAGGAAGAGGGCAGGGCUGACCAGAAAGACAUUGGGCUUAACCAGGAAGAGAGCAUAGUUGACCAGGAGGUGGUUGGGGUUGACCAGGAUGAGGGCAGGGCUGACCAGAAAGACAUUGGGCUUAACCAGGAAGAGAGCGUAGUUGACCAGGUGGUGGUUGGGGUUGACCAGGAAGAGGGCAGGGCUGACCAGAAAGAAGGUGGGCUUGACCAGGAAGAGAGCUUAGUUGACCAGGAAGGGGGCGGGGCUGACCAGAAAGACGUUGGGCUUAACCAGGAAGAGAGCAUAGUUGACCAGGAGGUGGUUGGGGUUGACCAGGAAGAGGGCAGGGCUGACCAGAAAGACGUUGGGCUUAACCAGGAAGAGAGCGUAGUUGACCAGGAGGUGGUUGGGGUUGACCAGGAAGAGGGCAGGGCUGACCAGAAAGAAGGUGGGCUUGACCAGGAAGAGAGCGUAGUUGACCAGGAAGAGGGCAGGGCUGACCAGAAAGAAGAUGGGCUUGACCAGGAAGAGAGCGUAGUUGACCAGGAAGAGGGCAGGGCUGACCAGAAAGAAGAUGGGCUUGACCAGGAAGAGAGCGUAGUUGACCAGGAGGUGGUUGGGGUUGACCAAGAAGAGGGCAGGGCUGACCAGGAGGAGGGUGUGGCUGAGGAUGAUGUAGGUGUAGCUAAGGCAGGGGCUGAUUUGAAUACUGAUGAGGAGGGAGGUGCUGAUUUGGCCACUGGGAAUGAGGAAUGUGGGGCUAAGCGUGAUGUGGGUGGGACUGAAGUGGAGAAAGCAGGAAUGGACAGGGAGGAGGGUGGGGCCAAUGACAAGCUGGGUCUGGCUGAUGAAGACAGGGGUGGUGCAGAGGAGGAGCUUGAGUUUACACUGAAGAUGCCCACCAUGUUGGAGCGAGAGGAAAAGGACGGUGUUAACCUGUCAACGGAGAUGUCAACUAGCCGUUCUCGUGUUAGAAGGAAAAGGAACAAGAAGCAGAAGAAAUGACCAAAAGAAAACAGAGUUGAUUGACUUCCCCUAAAUUCCUUCCUAUAAUUGGGAAAGUAGAGUGCCCCCCACAAACUUGAGUCUGGCUAUGCCCGUCUAGCAACAUUUCUUCCUAGCCUCCAAUGCUUCCAAACAGGAUGGGCCAUAGCAUGAAGGUUAGCAGUAGCCAGUCUAUAAACAUAGGAUCAAAAAGCUCCACCCGAGAAAGAUGGUAUCUCUUCCUUAAGUGACAGUCUGAAGCAGAAGUCAUACCCACAGUAUUGUACCAAUGCUUUGUUCAGAUGUUCACUAUCGCAUAAUAGCUUUGGCACAAUGCGCAUUACAGUGAACUGAAUGAUUUGGAAGGCACUGUGCUCCUACGGUCUUGAUUCACAUCUGGGCUUGAGAGUAUGCUUGUUGUCCUCUUAGUGCAAUAAACCAUAAUUAGAAUACA